AUGGUUCGAUACGCCCUCACAGUCUCCGCGCUCGCCAGCAGUGUCCUGGGUGCUGUGCCUACGGUCAACAUACCACUGAACUUCGCGCACGGCGGCGCCCAGAAGAUCUCAACGGAGCUCGUCGAUCCCUCGACCAACCACACCAUCGAAAUCGUCGUCGACCAAGGUUCCGAGAACUUCUGGGUGUUCGGCCCCGACAGCAUCAGGAACUGGGGAUGCACUCGUCUCGGCUGUGCAGGCCCUUGCAACGAGACGGUGCAGCCUUUUUACGACUACCCAAACAGCCCGUCGGCGUCUAAACCAGUACCCUUCCGAUCCUCCUACUCGUAUGGAGGAAACAGCAAGUUUAUCACUGGAGAUGUGGCGGUGAACGAUACCUUCCAAUUCGUUUCCGAUGCGGGCCUUUCGUCGACCGUGGACACGGAAGUCGCGAUUUCAAGCUACAUGACAUCGCGCCUCGGCGACAGCAGCGGAAAGUGUACUCCGACGUCUUCGUUUGACGACGGCAUCUUGGGUAUCUCCCCAUACUACCGCAAGCCGACCUGGAACACGACGGGCCCGCACGUGCGCCAAAACCUACUCGAGGCUGGCGCCAUCUCCGCGCCCGUACAGAGUCUGUGGUUCGACGAGGCGCCUGAAGGAAUCGAAGAUACGUUCACCGGCCACGUCGUCUUCGGCGGCGUCGACCACUCCAAAUACACGGGCGACCUCGUCAAAGUCCCUAUGGUUGAGGCUCCGUUCGGUGGUGUGACACUUGGCUACUACGUCAACCCGCCUGUCGUCUCAGUCAAUGGAACAGCGUUCAAUAACUCGGACGUCAUCUCUCCCACCUGCCUCGUCGACUCCGGCACCACACUCGAUUACCUACCCGUCAGCUACAGUCAAAAUGACCAGUUCGCUGCUGCCGCUGGUCUCGUUGUGGACGAGUAUGGUGUCAUUGGCUGGAACGGUACAUGCGAAUCUAUCCCCAAGGACACUACUAUUGACCUAGAGUUCACUGGUGUCGAGGGCAAGAAGGUCACCGUCAAGAUUCCGCUGCGCACUUAUGCUCGCUCGGGUGUCAACCCAUCUACAGGUAUCUGCUCGCUUGCGUUCUCCACUGGUGAUUGCCUGUUUGGUGCGCCGUUUGCUACUGCCGCCUUCUUUGCUGCUGAUGAUGCGGCGGAGAUGGUGGCGUUUGCGCAGGGUGGUGUGUCGAAGAAGGGAAGUAAGCCCGAUCCCAACUCUAUCACUUUGGAUCUUGCUUAG